AUGGGCGUCAGCUCCGCGCCCGGCGCCGGAAGCAACAACCUCUAUGUCGGAAACAACCAUAACCCUCACCAGCACCAGCACCACCAUCAACAACAGCAGCAGCAUCACCAUCACCACCACCAGAACCUUGCGCCAGACAUGGGCCUUAAUUGCAUGCCAAGACAGCACUCUACGCGUGCAAGCACGAGUAGCGUUUCGUCCUCAGCUUCAUAUGCCUCUAUGCCCGUAACAGCCACAUCAGCAGGUCUUCAGCAACCUGAUAGACGUGGUUAUCCGGACGCUAUGGAUGCCAGCCACGGCCUUCUUUCUAUGAGCCAGGAGACCCCCAGAAAUAUUUAUGGUCCGGGCCGAGGCCAACGGGGUUCCGCUGAUUCCUACGGUUUUCCUUCCACUCAUUCUACCAACUCCUCCAUCUCUUCCGCCAGCAACUACGGGUCCUACCGAGAAUCUUCCAUUAGCGACUACUCGACGAUGGGCUCUGAUCUAGACCUGUCCAGGACCCGGGCGCUUCCCCGGCCGCAGAAUAUGAUGACGAGCCAGGUCCCACCUGCCCCCAGUCACUCAUGA